UGACAAGACAUGACGUUCCAUCAUUAAAUUUAAAUGUUUGCUGCUAUUUUUUUUGUUUUUAUUCAUUUUAAAGAGGAAACAUAAUUUAUAUUAAUAUUAAAUUGACCUUAAAAUUGUAUUAUCAAUAAAGCACCUUCCUGGGCUUCAAACUUUGUCAAAUUUUUUGUUCCCAUCAACUCAACACGCAACUGCAAAAAUUGAUUACAUGAAUUGUCAAUUUGUCAAAACCAGAUGGAUUUAUUUAGAUAUGUAGGUGAAAUCCUAGAUAAGAUAUAUAAGAUAAAUUCAAUAAAAAAACUUGUAGUUUAGUGAAAGUGUAUUAAAACGUAACAAUUAAAUCUUAGUCACUUUCUGAAAAUCAGUAGUAAAAUCCCUAAAGAUAUGGCAGAAAAUAAAGUGAAACCUGUAAAUGAAGCAGAUCUCAAGGAACUGAAAAACAGAAUGAAAUUAAUUGCCGAAGCUGAUCCAUCACAAUUUCACAAUGAAUUUUCGUUAAAACGAUAUUUGAGGGCGUUUAAAACUGUUGACGAUGCAUUUAAGGCUAUUCUAAAAACAAAUAAAUGGAGGAAAGAAUAUGGAGUAGAAACUUUAACUCCAGAGACACCAGAAAUCAAAAAGAAUUUAGAAGCAAACAAAGCCAGGGUUUUAAAGUAUAGAGAUAUGAUCGGCAGGCCUGUAGUUUACAUACCAGCAAAAAACCACAAUGCUAGUAAUAGGGAUAUAGAUGAAUUAACAAAAUUUAUUGUCUAUUGUCUGGAGGACGCUUGCAAAAAAUGUUUUGAGGAAGUAGUGGACAACCUUUGUAUAGUGUUUGAUCUCCAAGACUUCGGAGUGACCUGCAUGGAUUACCAGCUGGUCAAAAAUCUCAUUUGGCUGUUGAGUCGCCACUAUCCAGAACGAUUAGGAGUGUGUUUGAUAAUCAAUUCUUCAUCGUUGUUUGCCAGUUGUUGGGCCGUCAUACGAGGAUGGUUGGAUGAAAAUACCACCAGCAAAGUGACUUUUGUGUCAUCUGAAGAAGAAUUGUGCAAGCACCUUAUACCGGAUAUAUUACCCACAGAUAUAUAACUUCGGUGUUCAUUACUUUAUUGUAACAUAUCUACACAAAACUUAUUCUUCAUUGUUUUUUUUUUGUGAAUGUAUCUAACACAAUUUUAACGGGUUUUUAGUAUGUAGGGAUUAUUUUCCGAUAUUGAUUUUGUCACGAAUUUCUUCUUUUUUUUUGUAAAAAUUUGUAAACAUAAAACCUAAAAUUAGUCAAAUGGAUAUAAAAAUACCGAAUUUAAUGUUUUCCAAUUAUUUGACAUAUUUGGUCAUACGUCAAAUGUCAAAAUGUAGGUUAAGUGUGCUGUAUUUAGAUAAAACUGAAUUUUACAGUGCAUUGGUAGAUAGUCAAUGUUGUAUAAUACUGAAUGAGAUUUUUUAAAUUUAAAAAAUGAGCCAUUAGAAAAACUUAAACGGGAACAUGAACAAACUCAAAUAGUGCCAUAUAUAUUUCUAGAUCUUACUUUUUAUUUUAAUUCUUUUUUAACAUUCUGUAAAAAAACGAGUUUUUUAAUUUAUCAUCGCACAAAUAAAGGAACGUCACGUUCACAUAGUAUACCGGAUGUCCCAUGUUUGUUUAACUCACAAUUACUUAAAAACUGAUCAAAUAACUGUCUUGAAAAAAUCUAUGAGUGAUAAAUCUGGUAAUCGCGGCGACUAUGGAAAUGGUCCUUUAUUAUCAAUCUAAUAUUUAAAAAAUUCGUUGUGAGCUAACAAUUUUUUCUGUUCUCCAAAUUUAACAAAAAAAUCGUGUAAAGUAAUGACUGAAAUUCUACAUUUCUGUCAAAUUAUUAAAUUCAAAACCUCGGUAAAUAUAGAAUAAAAGAUCUUUAGGUCACAUCGUUAUCGAUGACGUCAUUGACACUAGAUAAGUACCAAAAUGUAACAUAAAAUAUCCCUUUAAUAUGCUUUAAUUUCGUACGCAAAUGACAAAUGGUAAAUCUAGUAAUAAUUGAAAUUAAGACAUAUUUGACUCCAAAUUUGACGCUUAGCAUAUCAACUUUUGAUUACUUUUUUAAAUACCUACAGAAAUCAAAUAAUGUCAGUUUUCAAGAGUAGUUCCAUAGCCAGCACGAUCCCCGGACUUGACGCUACUAGUUUUUUCUUUGGCGUUACUUGAACGUUUUCAAAAAAAUCACUAUAUUAAAAAAUACGGGACAUUUUGUAUGUAUAGAAUUGUUUUAAAAAUUUCAUACAUCAGAUUAUUUUGCCGUCGAUUAUUUUUGAAACAAUGUCAAAUUUGGUGGUCGAAAAUGCUCUGAUAGUUAACAGUUUGUGAUUUUUACAUUGUUGCACCGUUGAACUCGUCCGUCGUUGUCAAAUUAUCGAUCAUGAUUUUUUUGAAGGAUAUUUUUAUAAUAUUACGUUUAGUUCUUUUUUACACAUAGGAUGUUCCUAAAUUGUUGUAAGUAUUCACGGAAUGAUACAAAUUUUAGCAAUCCAUUAUUGGAAUAAAGUAACAAACGUUUUUUGUGCCAUGAAAUCGAGGAUUAUUUAAAUUUUGAUCACUCCGUGUUAGAUGUAGGA